CUCUGCGUACGUGGGCAACAUGGCGGAUCGGCUCACGCAGCUGCAGGACGCGGUGAACUCGGGUCUCACUGUGUAACACUGGCAGCCCUGGAAAUCACUGUGGAGACCAGGUUGCCCAACAAUUUGGGAAUCAAAAUCUACAACAGAAGCUCCUGAAAACUGCGAGUUGUACUAGCUUUGUCCCUUCUGGCCGUUAUUCUUGCUUACUAUACAUAAAUGGUAACUACACACAAGCUAAACAAUACUUCUGAGCCAAGCAAGAAUGCUUGCAGAUCAGUUUUGUAAUGCCAUUGGAGUGUUACAGCAGUGUGGUCCUCCUGCCUCUUUCAGUAACAUUCAAACAGCAAUUAAUAAAGACCAACCAGCCAAUCCUACAGAAGAGUAUGCCCAGCUUUUUGCAGCAUUGAUUGCACGAACAGCAAAAGAUAUUGAUGUUUUGAUAGAUUCCUUACCCAGUGAAGAGUCUACAGCUGCUUUACAGGCUGCUAGCUUAUAUAAGCUAGAAGAAGAAAACCAUGAAGCUGCUACAUGUCUGGAGGAUGUUGUUUAUCGGGGAGAUAUGCUUCUGGAGAAGAUCCAAAGUGCACUUGCUGACAUUGCACAGUCACAGCUGAAGACCAGAAGUGUUACCCAUAGCCAGUCUCUUCCAGACUCGUAGCAUCAAUAGAACAUGUGACUGAGAAAAGAACUGUUUAGAUGGUACUAAGAAUGCUGCAUCAGAUUGAAUGUAAGCUCUACCUGCAGCUACAGAACAUCAUAUGCUUUGACUGUGUUACCUUUUUAACUAGUUUUCACUGUUUUCUGUUUUCAUUCUUGAUAAAUAAAAAGCUUUAAAAUUGCAGUUUAGUGAUCUUCAAACAUCAUGUCAUUUUUUUAUCUGACUAGAAUUUUUAAGGUAGAUACUGUACUAAUGUUCAUGAUAUAAUUAAACAAAUAUACAAUAAAGCUCUUCGAGGUUUUGUGUA